CUAUUUUCUCAGAGGGCGUAUCAGGACAGACAUCUGCUUUCACUCAGUGGCCGCUCUCAGGUUUCUCUCUGUCUGUACUCCUUACAUAGUUUGGUGAUUUCUCAGGGACUUUCUCAGGGAGCGCAUCGAAAAAAGCGUCUCUUGGAAUCCAACCGAAUGGCCGUUCUCAGGCUUCUCUUUGAAUAUUUUCUGAUUGAAAUUCAUACCACAUGGUCACAUGGAGCGAUCGAAGUAGAUGUGUGCGAUCUUCAACAUCUUUCUAUAGUUUCAACAAAUUUAGAAAUGGCAGUGAUAUAAUAAGAAUAAAUGCUGGUGUUGUAUUAUUGCAUCAUUUAUAUCAACAUAACACGAAUCUGAAUGAUAAAAAGGAAUUAAAUUAUGUAUUAAACAGAUUAGUGCGUAGUUUAGGAUCAUCAACAGUAUUUGCAAAAAGAGGGUCUUACAGCACUUUGACAGUCUUUCUGAGAAUGAUACAUUAUGAAAAUUCAAUAGAAAAGCUUUUGUCUAUAAUGAAUACUCAAUUGCAUCCAGCUAGUAGCAAUUCUAAAAAUGAGAAUUCUGAUAUAUAUAUGGGAUAUAUAUUAUUAUGCGGUGCUCUAAUACGAUCUAAAUUACUUGUUCAAAAUACUGUUGAAAUACAACAACAGGUGAUAAAGACUCUUUUGAAUGCUGGUAAACAACGCAGUUAUUUGUCAUUUAUCUCUGUUAUAUUUCUUGGUGAAUUCAUUGUACAUCUUGAUGUUAAAUCUAUGAAGAAAGCUAUUUGGCCAAUUAUCAAACAACAAUUUGGCAAACCAUGGUCUGAACAAACGUUGGAUACAUUUUAUAUACUGCUUGUUAUUAAAGAUAGACAUCCAUCAUUACUUGAUCAUAAGUUUUUAAAAGAACACUUGGGUGUGAAAGAUAUUAUUACUAAAGAAUCUAUAGAAGAUGUCAUCAAAUUAUUAAUGAGUUUACCUAGAAUUGUCUCUCAUCAUCAUCCAGUGUUUAAACUAUUUUGUGAGAAGUUGGUAUCGUCUGAACUUACAGCCGAUUUUUGGAGAAGCAUUGAUCAGAAACUUAUAAAACCAUCAAAAAGGGAUGAAUAUAUUGUUAUAGAAAUUUUACGAUUAAUACUUUCUAAUAUUACAGAUAUGACUAUAAUUCCAUUAUUAUUAUCUCCAAAUCUUUUGCAACACAUGUUGAAAAGAUUUUCUAAUUGUAGAAAAAACACUAAUGAUGAAGUUUUAAUAGCAUUCAAAGAAGUUUUACAUUUAAUGGUAUAUGUUAUGAAUGAUAAAGACAUUAAGACAGAGACACAGCUGAAUAUAUUAGAGAAAUUUAUAUUAUAUCCUGGUGACUUAAUGAUAGAAAAAAAAACAGGUACCAAAGUAAUUCAAAUAAUAACGGGAAAACUGAAAUUUGAUGGUAUUAAGAAGUUAUGCCAAUUGUAUAGAAACAUUAUAGAAAAUAAAAUAACUAAGAAAAAGAACAACAUAAAAUUGGAAUUAUGGACAAAUGCAGAGCGAAGUUAUGCAGCACAAUUAUUAACAAGAUUAUUGGGACAUCCGGAGACUCUUUCAAAACAGGACUGGAGACUUACACAACUUAUAUAUUUGUUUAAUCAUGGUUUAUGUGAAGUGCCAAAUGUUGGAAUAGAUCUGGCGCUACAACUUAAAGAUUCUUUUUAUCGUGCGCUGGAUUAUAAAUUACCAAAAUUGGAUGAUGUCCGAAAUUUAUUAAGUGCACUUGUCCAUGAAUUUGAUUCAAAAUUGAGAUCUAAUACCAUACGAUUAAAGUCAUCAUUGAAUGAUGUAACAUUUGAUGCUUGGAAAAGAGUAAUAGAUUUGAUUGAUAAAUUAGAGAAUACUACAAAGAAUGCAGAAGCUUUACCGAUAUUCCAUACAAUGAAUUUACACAUGGGUCUGCAAUUAUUCUCCGAACCUGAAAUGGCAGUGAUGUCGAUUAAUGAACUUCAGUGCUGUUACAAAAGAUUAAUUAAAAAUUCCAAAGAACACACUCAGACCAAUGCAACUAUAAAAGAAGAACCACAUUGGGUUGAAGUAGUAGUGGAUCUUUUGUUAUCUCUUUUAUCUAGGAAUAAUCAUCUAUUACGUUCAUUAGUUGGCUGUGUAUUUCCACAUAUCUGUCCAUAUUUGACUUCAUCUGCUAUCUAUCAAAUAUUAGCUGUAUUAGAUAUAAGAAAUAACGAUAAUGCGCUUACCAUAGAAGAAAGUGAUGAAAGUUCAGGUACAGAAGAAAAUGAAUCAGACGAUGAUGAUAUAGAGAAUGCUUCAAAUAGUGAAGUUUCAUCAAAAGACAGUGAAUCUGGAUCUGAUAAUGAAAUUUUAGAUGAAGAUGAAACAUUGACAGAUAGAUUGCGAAUAGCAGUGCAUCGAGCUUUAGGUGAUGCUGCAACUAAAACUGACGAAGAAGAUAUUGAUGUAGAUCAAAUAAAUGAUGACGAAGCCAAGCGAUUAGAUAAAUCUUUAGCAACAGCGUUCAAAAUUUUACGAGUAAACCGUCAAGGUCGUAAUAAAAAGCAAGAAAAAACGGAUCAAGCUUUGACACAUUUUAGAGUUCGUGUCAUAGAUUUGUUGGAUAUAUAUUUAGAGACUUAUCCAUCUAUGGCAAUUAUUGUGGACAUCAUUGUGCCACUUUUUUCUUUACUAGAAUUUUGUAUAAAAGAUCCACAUCAAAAACCUCUUGAGCAUAGAAUUCGUGCUUGCUUGAGAAAGUUAGCAGCGGUGAAAAAGUUUAACGAUAUAACAAAUGUUGAUGAUAAUUUAUUAACGACAGUGUUAAAGGUUUUAAUCGAAAAAGGAGAACGUUCCGCUUCAAUCUAUCAAGAAAUAAGUGAUAAAUUAGCAGAGUGUUGUACUUUUCUUGUAAGAUAUAUGCAACAAACCAAUUUAUCAAUGGAAGGUGUUAUUAACAUUUAUGACGAGAACUUAACUGCAUUCUUUAAAAAAAGGGAUUGCGUCCUUUCAUUUAUGUUAUUUAAAGGUGUAUUACAGCUUUGUUGGAAAGGUAACUGGCAACUUGCAUCUGCAUUGGUGGAUUUUGCUUUUGAUAGCAGUAUUCGGUACUUUCGUAGAAGUCAGGCACUUGAAUUAUUAUUAAUUUUCUAUAAUAAUAAUCGAUUGCACACACAACGCAUGAAUACAAAAUGUGAAGAUGUAAGAAUAAAAUUAGAAACGAAGCUUUAUAAUAAUAUUAUAUACAUGUUCAAAGAGUUUUGUAAUCUAUUUGCAAGUGAUAAUAGUCAAUUUUUGUCAUGUAACGUUACUGAAGUUCAGAAAAAAGUACAACAGAAAUUUAUUGGUCUUCUUUUGAUAUUAUUACGUGUUGUUUAUACAUCUCAUGUACCGCAAGUAUGGGAUUGGCAAAAUAUUAAAAGCAUAUUAGUAAUAUAUAAAGGGCAAAAUAUUCUUUCCAAGGAUGUAAAAAGUGCAUACAAAAAACUUGAAAUAAAAAUAGGAGCAUCAAAUAAUAUGUCAUCAGUAAAAGACAAUACUGAAUUGAAUUAUUCAAUCAAUACUGCUAUAUAUGAUAAUGAUAAACAGAACAAUGAAAGUUUGCAAGAAAUAAAAGCAAAUAGUUCAAAAGAAGAAGCUAUAUCUCUUAGUAAUAAUAUGCAAAAGAAGAAAAAAAAUAAAAAUGAAGGAAAUGAACAAAUAUUGAAGAGAGAAGCCUGUGAAUCACAUACAAACUUUAAAUCUAAAGAUUUAAAGUUACUUAAUUUUAGCAAAAUGAAUUUAACAGAAAACCAAGUGGGCAUAACAGAAAUUCUCCAUAAUAGAGAUUUAUAUGAUAACAAUAAGAUAACAUGUAUAAAAUCUCAUAAAAGAAGUUAUAAACAAGCAGUGGGAAGUGACUGUGAAGUUAAAAGAAAAAAAUAAAAUAAUAAUUGUGCCUGAUGUAAUUUUUAAAUUUAAAAAUAAUAAUAA